AUGCUGUUGAAGUUGCUUGCGCCUGCUCUACUGGCUGUUCUCCCUCUUGCUCAUGCAAAAACUGCAUGGCAACAGAGACAGUUUGACGCUCCUGUUCCUUCGACGUCUAACGCCACCUUUACCAGCAAUAGCUUCAAGACCAAGGACGAUGCCCUCGCAGCUCUAGCGGCCGUGUUGGGCGAAAGAGCUCCGGUCACACGGUCCGGGGAUAUCAGAUACGGUCAGAGCAUUAGUAGAAUAUGGACGGAGCAACUCAAAAUUUUCCCCGAUGCAAUCGUCUUCCCUUCCGGCGCCGAAGACGUCAGCACGAUUAUGCAAUUUUAUUCUCACGCCAAUACCCUCUGGAAAGAUGGCUUUGCCAUCUUAGGCGGAGGUCAUCUUGAUACGGGUGGCGCUCAGUCACCCAGUGUAGUCAUUGAUCUUCGCUUCAUCAACACGACUGAGAUCAUUUCUAGCAAGGUCAAUGCUACUGAACCACCCGUUUUGAAGGUUGGUGGUGGCUCAGAAGCUGGAACCGUCUACGCUGCGGUUGAAAAUACGGGCUGGGCCUUUCUGGGACCUCGCGCGGCAUCUAUCGGUGUUGGUGGCUUCUUGCUUGGUGGAGGAAUUGCCUUCCAGACUGGCAAGUAUGGUGUUGCUGCCGACAGCCUCCUAGGUCUCGAGGUGGUUCUUACCGACGGCCGCAUCGUAUACGUGAACCCCUACAACGAAUACAAAGACUUGUUCUGGGCAGCUACGGGCGGGGGCUGGCUUGGUUUUGGCGUCGUCACCAACUUUUACAUUCAAGCAUACCCAGAUCCAGGCGAGGCAUACAUUGCGACUAUCGCCUGGGGUGAAGACAAGGCCGAGGAGGUUUUCGCUUUGACUACCGACUUCUUCGAGAACAACACAGAUCCCGAUGCCUUUCCAGCGCUCUUGUAUUACUACAAGGAUCCUAAAGCCAUCAACAGCUUGGUCCCAGUCACCUCACGUCAGUUUACCUUUCAGCUCAACGCCCUCCACUUUGGCGGUGGAUGGGAGGCGUUGAACGCAAGCUUUGCUAAAUUCUACCCUAAUGCGGACACUGUGGAGCUGCAAAAGACCAAUACCUUCUCACCAACUACUCCAUAUGGAUAUCACCGCGAGUUCUUCGGCAAGAGCCACACCAACUCAACUGUGGACUUCUACCGCGAAACUUUUGCCAUCUACAAGGAGACUGUUCUCGGUAUGAUUCAGCGUGGUGAGGACCCUGGCCAUACACUUUGGGUUGACGAGUAUGUUUUCCCUGGCUGGGGAGGUACAGGCCCCGAGCACGACAGCGAUACUGCCUGGCCACACUCGACUAGCGCGCAUAUAACGUUGACUUCAGGCGAAUGGAGUUCAGACAACACGACGCAAUACAUGUACGACCGCGAACGCGACGGUAUGAUGGCGUACCUGCGCGAGUUCCAGAACGGCCUUGGCGGAGCACCCAUUUAUGACUACCCCAACUACAUUAAGCCCGGGGAAGUCUGGGGCGCAGACAACUAUCGCCGUCUGACCGAAAUCAAAGAGAAGUACGAUCCUUCUUGUCUCCUGAACAGAGGCCGCGUUCCUCCCACCUCAGCAUGUGUAGAGAAGGGCGUAGCGAACACUUUUCUCUAG